UUUCUACCCCCAAAUCUUCUUGACUGUCCGCGCCGCAUUGGUGCUCCAGCAGCUUCUUAUUCUUCUUAUUUGUCUAUUCACCACUCUCGCUCCCGCGCCCCCUCUUCUUCAACCACACACAUCACUCACUUACACGCUUUUGCCCACCACAGCGUCGCUAUAGAAAAGAGGCGUCGCACAUCUUUUCCUCUUCUCACCAAACGCCGAGUCUCAUCAACAUCCUCGACGACCGCCCACGAUGGCUCACCAACACCAGCAGGCCGCCGCCGCCGGCGAGUGGUCCCACUCUCUCUUCGACUGCUCGCCUUGCAGCCUCUGCCUCCUCGGCUGCUGUCUCCCCUGCAUUCCUUUCGGGCGCAGUAUCGAACGCAUGAAGGAUCCCUCGCAGGAGAAGCCCGACAUGGUCAACACGGAAUGUGUCCUCUUCGGCCUCAUUGAGCUCUUCACGGGCUGCGCCUGCGUGUACAACCUUCUGAGACGUGGCGAGAUGCGUCAGACAUACGGCAUCAAGGGCAACGGCUGCACCGACUGCCUCACCAGCUGCUGCUGCCUCUGCUGCGCUGUCAUCCAGCAGGAGAAGGAGUCUCAGGUCCGCGCGCCCCUGAUGCGGCAGCCCAUUACGCAGGGCUAUCAGGGUCAGAAGGAGGGCAUGACCAUGCCGGCGCCGGCCUACCACCAGCAGCAGCACCAACCCAUGGAGCACGGUCAGCAGCCUAUCCAGCCAGUUCAGCAGCCCUAUCCCCAUGAGGGCUACCCCAGCAAGCAGUAGCCAGCUACUGCGGUGAGGCGCGGCGGCGGUGCGAUUUGACAUGAUAUCCCCUGCAUACGACGACGGUGGUGCGAGAUUUGUGCUCUUUGUCUAGUGCGAAAUGAUGAAACCCUCGGUUGUCCGGGGCCGGGUACUUUCUUGUAUUGAAUCCAGAAGUAACCUUAUAAUGUCUACCUGACGCUCCUCCCGACCCAAAACUCCAGUGAAAAGAAUUUGCACCUGGCAGACGCAGCCCGCGUUUAGGCGUGUCGCGCUCCCUUUGUCAACCAGCCGGCGGCUGUUCCCAUCAAACAUUCACUCAUAUCAAUCAUGCGUAUAGCUUCUUCUCGUAGGCCUCCAUGUUGACGUUGCCCUCGAGCUGAGCGCUCGAGGUUCGGAGCUCGAAACGAACCGUGCC